AUGGCAGUAAAGAAUCGUUUUGAAACUUUUACUUUUCUGUCUACCAAUGAAGAGUCAGUACAAUCAUCUUUUUUCGAUGUUACUUCAUCAGAUCAUCGAUCACAAAUAAAUAACAAGCAACAAACAAAAAAUUAUUGGGAUGUACCAGAAUACAUCGAAAAACCGAUUUCAUGCUCAUCAAUAGUACACAUUAAACAAGUUGAAAUACCUCGAAUUGUUGAAAAAACUAAAUCAUCUGUUAAUGUUAAAAAUACAAAAGAUGAUAAAGAAGAUGAAGUUAAAUCUUCAGAGACUAUUGAAGUACAAAAUCAACCUAAAACUUAUUCAUAUUAUCCUCCUCAACCAUACAAAUUAAAACAAAAUCUCUUAAGUAACUAUAAUUCAAUUCACAAUAAAUUAUUUCAAUUAAAAUUUUUCUAUUAUUAA